AGCAGGAUUUGGCAAAGGGCAGCCUGAGGUAUGACCCCCUUGCACCAGGUGCAUCAGGCCAAUCUCUCGUCUGCUAAGAGUUAUGAACCCAGCACAAAGUUUCAGUUUUGGAGGUAGAACAGAAUAGACAGUCAGUAUGUGUGGGGAUCAAAAGUGCAUCUGGAAAGGAAAAUGUUAUAUUUAAACCUAAACAAUUUGUGUUUGUUAUCUUUGCAAAAUAAACAUUCUCAUGCAUUUGACAUUUUCCCCUGCAUACAAAGCAUGCUAGGUGGAAUGGAGCAAGAUCUUUCACCGGUUGUUUGUGUGUAAAGCAACCAGCAGCAAGAAUUUCUGGCUGAGGGUGUCCUGUCACAUACUGUUAGUAAAAAAUUGAAUACAUAUGGGUCAGAGUGAGUGCUGAUAUCUCAGGUCACUCACCCGAGAGCCAGCAGUCCUCUGGGUCUGAGGCGGGGUAUGUACAGGUGCAUUUCUUCUCCUUUGUAGAAGGACAUGUCACCUCUGCACUUGCACGUCCCACAUGCCCCUACUGACCUGCUUGGUAGACAUCUGAAGAAAGAACAGAGGUUUUGCAGCGUGUCUCUAGGAGGUGCAUCAUCUGUUUAACGCCUCUUGAGCAAAACAAGUCUCCUGCUAGUGGUUGUGUUAUGUGGGAACUGAGUGCCAAUCUUCAUCUUAGAGCUUUUUGGUUAAGUUUUUACUUUUUCAGCCCCCAAGCUAUUAUGGAUGUUAGUGUUUCCUUUACAAAUUUUCUUUAUUUUUUGUUGAGCAAUGCAAAUUUCAAUGGUUCCAGGGUGUCUUCUCUCCUCCUCUGCCUUUUCCAUAACAACCUCAAAUGAGAGUGGGGAGGAAUGAGUGGGAAAAGGAAGAGGAAGGGAUGCCCCAAAAUCAAACUAAACAUUUAUGGAAUGGGUGAGUGUGUGCAUUGGGGAGGUUCAUAUAUAUAUCUCGAGAUAAGAAGGAUGUGCUGACGUGUAUGUUGUCUAACUCUGAGUGUGACACACAGUGCUUGAGCCUUUGGGACAGAUGAGGUCUUCCAUCCUGUGCAGUGAUUUGGUAUUACCCUCACUCAAGAUACCUGUGAUGUUUGGGUCUGUUUCUGUUUUAUCUGCUCUCAGCAUGUCAUUUCAUUGAGCAAUUUCAGCUUUCUUUCCCUUCCAGUGUUUGCCCCAAGCACAGGCACUGGGCAUGUUUGCAGCCUGACAGUCCUGACCACUGACUGCUUUGUCAUUGUGUCUGUGAAGCAGUAAAUCAGCUGCACUGUGAUAAAUAGAAAUGCUGCAUGGGCUUCCCCGUCUUUAAAUAACCCAGUCUCCUCUUGCACAGAAAAUGCCAGGAGCUGGACUCUUAAUAUGAGGCAGAUAAAGCCAAAAGCUGCCAAGGAGUCCUCUCCCUGCCUUGAGAAGUAGUGCUCUCCUCCAGGGGAUGUAUAUGAGUUUGCUGAUGAGCUUUUCCAGCAUGCUCUUUAGCUCUAUCUAGGUCAAAGAUACAGCUGGGCAGAAAGGUGAGUUUGUUCUCCACAGCCUGCUGAGCCCUGAAGAUGCUGGUAAAAGGCUCUUUUCCCUGUUUCAUCUCUCUUCUGGGUCACCUUGGUGUAAGCAGAGCUGGUUAUAGAGCCUGUGAUGCCUGUUGUCCCUGGUGUGCUGCUGCGCAGUCCCAAAGCAAGGCAGGCACCAGGGUUCCCCAAAGCCACCACGGUCGGAUACGCCUCACUGCAAGGCUGUGCCAGUGCUCAAAGAAUGGGAUGAGCUUGGGUGCAGCCCCAGCUGGUGAUGGACAGCCAGCCAGCAGCACCUGGCUGGGGCAAAGGGACAUGUCACUGGCAAGGACUUCUGUGGUUGCUUUCCACGUGCAGCUUUGCCUGGGGAGCACAACACACGUGUCCCCAGUAGAUGGGCUGCUACUGCAGAAGGAGAUCACAGUCAGGGUAUCAGGGCAAAAGGUUUAAGGCUUACGGAUGCUUACUUUGCCCCAGUGCUUAUCCUCCAGCAGCUCCCUUGGAGCUCCUUCCAGGGAGAGGAGGCUGGGACCAGGCGGAGCAUGUGACGCGAGGAAGAAGCAGGCAUAAAAACUCCGUUUUCUGUGAAUGGGAAGUUGGUGUGAGCAUGCAGCCUUGCCGAUCUGCUCUCUUUGGUUGUGUGCUACCCCAGUGAAGCCUCAGAGCCAAGCCUGCUGUCUGCCACGUGGAUUUGUCCUGCUGCGCUCCUUGGUUCGAGCAGUGUGCGUAUCUUUGCAAGGACAUGAGCAGUGGCUUUCCUGUUCUAUUAAUUGGGAGAGAGGAUCUGCUCCCUUACACAGGCAAUACUGGUGUGAAUGCUGUAAUGUUCCUCCGCUUUCUGUCUCUUUGUGUUCGCCUUAUGGUCAGCUCUGCCAGGACUAACAGCCUAUGCCACUCUCUAAUGUAUUAGACAGUGCUGGGACUCCAUAGAGUGCAUGGGAAUUCUCCUGCCCUCAGAGAUGCGUGAAUCCUUGCAUGGAGGCUCACACAUGUUGCAUGUAUACCUGGGGAGCAGAAGGGGCUUGCAUGUGGUUGUAUCUUCCUGGCCCAAGAGCUUCAGUAGAAAUCCACCGAGAUAUUUGUGUGAAAUUCUGUUUUCUUUCUUGCUUCCUUUUUUUUUUUUUAGUUGUCGUGUUCCUCUCUCCUGAUUUACUGCACAUGCUCACGUGGCCUUGGAAAGGGGGAUUCUCAAACUGUUUUGCUUCCAAAAGGAAAAGAAGCUGGCGGGCAUUCAUAUUUCAGUUCUCGAGUUAUGUCGGUUAAAGUCUCCCAGUAGGAAAACGGAAGAUAUGAGAGAGCAGAUUGCUGGUGGUGAUACUCGCUAGAAGAAAAACAGAAAAAAGGAGCAUGAAAUUCUAGAGCUACAUCCAGACAAAUGUGAGGUUUGAGAGAGCUAAGACGGCUGCAGAGUGCGUGUCUGACACACGGUUUCUGAUCUGCAGGUGAGCAAUGUGAUAGAAAAGUGCUGCUAGCACAUGAAUUUUGUGCAGGACCUCCCUUUCCACCAGCACCAACAUGCAGAGCAACUACUCCUUGGUCAUUACCACCAGAGAAACUCUUCAAGUCCUCUAUACAGCACUGACAAACUCAUCGGCUGCAUUGCGCUCACCCCCUCCCUGCCCACUUACCUCUUCAGAUUAUCAGUUUUCACUAAUUCCAGCACUCUUCUCUGUGGUUUUUGUUCUGGGGUUGGUUGGCAACAGCGUGGUGGUUGUGGUACUUUGUCGUCACAGUGGCCCCAAAACAGUUGCUAAUAUCUACAUUUUCAACCUGGCCAUGGCAGAUUUGCUGUGCCUCGCCACCCUUCCCUUCUGGGCUACCUACUACGCGCAGGGGUACAACUGGCUCUUUGGCUCUCUCAUGUGCAAAAUCUCCAGUUCUGUCCUGUGCUUGAACAUGUUUGCAAGUAUAUUUUUCAUUACAUGCAUGAGCGUGGACCGGUACCAUGCUAUCGUCCAUCCUAUUCGCUCUCAAAGAAGAACUCCACAACAAGCUUAUUUUAUAGCAUUGGUUGUGUGGGGCCUUGCCUCUUUGUCCUCCCUCCCAACUUUUUAUUUCCGUGACACUCACUACAUUGAAAGCUUGGGGGUCGAUGCUUGCAUUAUGGCCUUUCCUCAUGAGAAUUUUGCAAAAUGGUCUGUGGCAACAGCCUUCCUGAAAAAUGCACUUGGCUUCUUCAUCCCCUUGACAGUGAUCACCACGUGCUACAUCUGGAUCAGGAGGCACUUGCUCAAAGCACAAGACUUUGGGAAAAACAAGCAGAAGAGGGACAAAGUCCUAAAGCUGGUGGCUGCUGUUGUUGUAGCCUUCUUAAUUUCCUGGCUCCCAUUCCACAUUUUAACUUUUUUGGAUGCCUUGGCUCAUAUGAACAUCAUCAAUAACUGUGACGUGACAGGGAUCAUCGACACAGCACUGCCGUUCGGCAUCUGCAUGGCAUUUGCCAACAGUUGCAUCAACCCUUUGCUGUACUGCUUUAUUGGGAACCAGUUCCAGGAGAGGCUCCAUCGCUUGUUUAAGCGACGAGUUUAUCAGUUCAACAGCCAUCAAGAGAGCUCUUCUUUGAGGAAAGGGAGCUGCUUCAGAGAUGCUGAGACCCCUGUGGGCAGGGAAGGGGAGCCUGAGUCCUUGCUGUAGGCACUGGGUCAUGAUGUGGGGCAGUAAUGCAGAUGGCUGUCCCUGCAGCAGUGACGCUCCUCUCUCCUGUUCCCUGUGUUUUGUGCCCGUUCAUUCACCAGCUGUUUGAAGGAGACUCUGGUUUUCUCAUAUGUAGAGAUUUAUUCUUCCUUCCUUUCUGCAAUGAGCACUCAAGUUUUACAUGGAGGGAAGAUUCUGGCCAAUAAAUAUAUUGAUGGCAUUUUAAAUAUCAGCUUGUGGAGCAGUGGAGAUCAGGCGAGUGUUUAGUGUAACACAAAAAGACAAAAUAUAUCAAAGAACAAUUGCAUGACAGCUACAGUUGUGUAUGCGCUGAGUAUUAUAUCCUAAGCUGAUUUUCUAAAAGAGAUUCUCACUAGAGAAUGUGUAAAUAAAGCAGUGCAGAU